AUUUUAUCAACCUACCUGGAUAAUCCGGCAUUCAAUGGCGUGCAAGUCUUAGAAAUUCACCGAAGUUUUUAUUGAGAUGAAACAGCUAGUCAAAUGCUGACAGUAUAGACCAUGGAUUCAACUGCAACUAUUUCAGUUUUAUCUAGAAAUUUGUCUGCUCAAACAUUAAUCAAAAGUGAAGGACAUUCUGAAGACAGAUUGAUGAAGAUUAUUGAUAUUUGUGAAAAUUACAUUUCUGGUCAAAAUAAGUCGGUGGAACAAAUUGUUUCCCUUUGUUCUAAAAUAUUUGGAUAUGAAUUUUACUGUAAUCAAAUAGUGUCUUUUUGUCAUCAGAUUCUGUCUGAUUCCUUGAACAGUGGUAACGCUAUCAUCAACAUCUGUCAGUCAUUUUCGCACCUGGAUUUAUCAGAGACACGGCAAGAAUGUGAAGAAAAUAAAAUUCCUGCACCAAUCAAAGUUGACGAUAUACGACUUGAACCAUCUUUUGCCAGUUCAACAACGAGUUUGGAUAGCGAGGUAGAACAAACUAAUGAUUCAAAGCCAUUUCAAGUUACAAUACCACAGAAUAACUUAAUCAAUGCACAGAAAAUCGCGAAGAAGAGGUCACGAAAAUCUCUUCCAAUGAAAUGUAACCUUGAACCUGAUGAAUUUAUACCAAAUACGAUGUCCUUACCAGUACUGGUUAAUCAAUCAACAGAUAUGUCUCUUUCAUCCAGUGAAAUUACCAGAGACAUUCAUAAAAAUAUCUGUGAAUCAAACGAAGAAACUUGCAAUGAUAAGGGACAUAACUCUCCAACAAAUGAUUUUACAGAAUUGAAAAAUGACGAUGAAACACAGGGAAGUGAGGUUGAUGAUGUUGAUGAUGACGCAGAUGAUGAUCCAGAUUGGAUAGAAGUGAAAGAACCAAAAGAAACAUCGAAAAAAAAGAAAAUCACUUCAGAAAGACCAUCAGGUCGUAAAGAAAUACAGUGUCAAUUUUGUACGAGAAAAUUUAAAUCCGUCAAAGUUUACAGAGUACACUUAAACGCCAAACAUUGGAAUUGUGAUUGGUCAACAAUCGAUGAAGAAUUCCAUAGAAAUAAAGAAUUCAAAUAUUCCUGCUCUACCUGUUCCAAGCCAUUUAAAACCGAAGCCCUAUUAAACCGACACGAAAAGACACACCUGAAAGGAGAGAAGACCAAAUGCGAUAUUUGUAAUAAAGUCAUGACACAGAAAUGUUUAAGGAAGCAUCGGCAAAUCCACACGGGAGACAGGCGACAAUAUGUGUGUGAAUAUUGCGGAUCAGUUUUUAAGGAUCCUGGCUGUUUAAGAUCACAUUUAUUUAAACAUACGGGCGUCAAAAACAUAGCGUGUGAGUUCUGUGAUUAUAAAUGUUGUAGAAAGUCCAGCAUGCGAUCUCAUUUUUUGAUCAUGCAUUCAAAAGACCGUAAAUAUCAGUGUGAACAUUGCGGAAAAAAGUUUCCCCGCCCUGGUGGUUUACGGGUACAUCUUCUAUGUCAUGUGACUGAAAAACUGUUCGGCUGUGAUGUAUGUCCUGCCCGCUUUGCACGACCGAGUCAUUUAAAACGUCACAAGACCACACAUCGUGAGGAUAAUCAGUAUACGUGUGAAAUAUGCGGCCAUCAGUCUCGACAGGCUUCCAAUAUCAGGAUACACAUGAGGACUCACACAGGCGAUAAACCAUUUUCAUGUGAAAAAUGUGGUAAAAAAUUUGCUCACAAUGUGACUCGUAAACAACAUUUAAAAUUGUGUAACGGAAAAAUAGAGACAGAGACAAUUGUUAAUCAAUUAUUGUAAAUGGAGACAACUGUUAAUCAAUUAUUGUAAAUAGAGACAAAUGUUAGUCAAUUAUUGUUAAUAGAGACAGAUGUUAAUCAAUUAUUGUAAACAGAGACAACUGUUAAUCAUUUCGAUUAUUGUAAAUAGAGACAACUGUUAAUUAUUGUAAACAGAGACAACUGUUAAUUAUUGUAAACAGAGACAACUGUUAAUCAUUUCAAUUAUUGUAAACAGAGACAACUGUUAAUCAUUUCAGUUAUUGUAAACAGAGACAACUGUUAAUUAUUGUAAACAGACAACUGUUAAUUAUUGUAAACAGACAACUGUUAAUCAUUUCAAUUAUUGUAAACAGAGACAACUGUUAAUCAUUUCAAUUAUUGUAAACAGAGACAACUGUUAAUUAUUAUAGAUAGAGACAACUGUUUGUCAAUUAUUGUAAACAUGUAUAUUACAGAGUUGGAAACAAGUAGCGGACCAGGAGGCAGAGUAGAGUCCUAGUUGCUAAUUUUAGUACUGAGUUGAGUUGCAAGUCUUCACAAAGUCACGUUCAUCAAAUCAGUCUGCAAUUCAUGGCGAAUAAGGCCAGUUAGAGUCUUAAGUCAGACUAGACUCCAAGUUGUGGGAGUCAAGUUCCCACCUAUGGUAUAUUGCAGAU